ACAUGCAAUCUUACAAAUUGAGUAACAACUUAUUACUAAAGUUAGAUUGAUUAUAUAUAAAUUAUUUGUAUUAAUAAAAGUUAAAUAUGAGAUGAAAUAUUAAUUUUACAAAUUCCAAAUCAAAUCUAUUAAAUGAAAUAUAAUUAUAUGUCCGAAAUAACUCCAUCUAAAUAGGCUGUUUAAUUAAUCCUCCUCCAUAUCAUCUCAACUGAAAUACUGAUUACUGAUACAUCUUAAUUCCAUCUAAAUCUCUUACCCAUUAUCCUUUUCAUUUGCUCAAGUAAAUAGAACUCAUCUCAUCUUCUUCAUUUGAUCUCUCCCUUUGUUCAUAUAAAGUUGUUCUCCAUCUGCUUAAUCUUUUAUCAAUGGCAAAUGAUCACGACGAAGGUAUCAAAGAAGAAUCACAACAUGUUUCAUUAGAUCUCGAAGAAGACAAUUAUACUCAUAAAUCAAAUGUCUUAUGCUCAUCAUCAGCAGUUAUUUCCACCGCUCAAAAGAUGGUGGCAGAGUUGAUUGGAACAUACUUUGUGAUAUUUUCUGGAUGUGGAUCUGUUGUUGUGAACAAUCUUUACGAUGGAACAGUUACAUUCCCGGGUAUAUGUUUGACGUGGGGUUUGAUCGUAAUGGUAAUGAUAUACACUCUCGGCCAUGUUUCUGGUGCCCAUUUCAAUCCGGCUGUGACAAUCGCAUCUGCCACUUUUCGUAGGUUUCCAUGGAAAGAGGUGCCAUUUUAUAUAGUGGCUCAGUUAUUGGGUGCAGUUUUAGCAAGUGGAACAUUAAAUCUCAUAUUUGAUAUUUCUGAAUCUAAAGACUUCUUUGGAACAGUUCCUGUUGGAACAGACAUUCAAUCUUUUGUUCUUGAAGUUGUCACUUCUUUCCUCCUCAUGUUUGUUGUAACUGCUCUUUCAACCGAUAAUAGAGCGAUUGGAGAGUUGGGUGGGAUGGCGGUUGGAAUGACAAUAACCAUAAACGUGUUUGUUGCUGGACCUAUUUCUGGUGCUUCAAUGAACCCUGCAAGGAGCCUUGGACCAGCUUUUGUUAAGAAUAUUUACAAAGGUAUAUGGGUUUACAUACUUGGUCCACCAAUUGGGACCAUACUUGGAGCUUUUAUCUAUAAGUUUUUAAGGUUUGAAACCUAGCCUAGCCAGAGUGGUUCUUCGUCUAAUGUUUGGUCUUUCUUUAUAAGUAAAAUUAAGAGGAUCGAAUCAUAAUUUCAUGAU